AUGGAAUUCAAGAGAAGUUUCAGAAUCGACACGACAGAUUGGCCAUGCGUUUAUUCAAAAGUCGAUUCCUGGCCGCUGGAUGGAAGUGCAGAUUGUUGUUCGUGGGAUGGCAUCGAAUGUGAUGAGGUCACCGGCCGAGUGAUCGUCCUCAACCUCAGUAGCAGUUGUCUCUCAGGCAUCAUGAGUCCUAACAACACUCUCUUUCGACUCGUUCACAUGGAGUCGCUCAAUCUCACUUUCAAUAGCUUCAGCUUCUCCUCAAUUCCGUACGGCUUCAGCAACCUUUCAAAGUUACAAUACCUUAAUCUCUCCUCCUCAAACUUCUCCGAUGAACUCGCGAUAUCUCGCAACUCUCCAAGAUCACUUCCCUCUUCAAUGGGUAAUCUUUCUCGUCUCAUUGAACUAUACCUUGAUGGAAAUAACUUGCAAGGUCAAAUCCCUGUUUCCUUUGCUAAUCUUACCCAGCUAUCGGUGCUAUGGCUCUCUUCCACUAACUUGAGUGGUGAUUCCUUGGAGUGGGUGGUCAACUUGACAAAGCUCACCGUCUUGGGACUUUCAGAUAAUUGGUUAAGCGGUGGAUUUCCAUCUUCAUUUGUGAACCUGAAGCAAUUGACUUAUCUCAACCUUUCUAACAAUGACUUGCAUGGUGAUAUUCUGGGCACAUUAUGGAGUUUGAAGGAUCUCGAAAUGCUUGGAUUGAUGUCGCUUGAUCUCAAUGGCGUUCUCGAUGUAAAUGAUCUAUUCACACUCAAGAACUUGAGAGGCUUAUGGUUGUCCAACAACAACAUAUCUUUCACCAAGUCAUCUAUCAAUGCCACUACAUCAAAGUUUGCCUACAUUUACUUGGAUUCAUGCAACUUGACUGAGUUCCCACGGUUUAUAGGCCUCUCAAGCAAAAUGAGGGAGUUAUCCCUACAACACAACAUAAUUCAAGGGAUCAUUCCUAGAUUGAUUUGGAACAAUAGCAAAGAAUCUCUCCAAUAUAUAGAUCUUUCUGACAAUCUUUUAUCUGGCUUCGAAAACAACCAGACCAAUCUUCCUUUACCGAACUUGAAAUAUCUUGACAUUAGUUUUAACUCGCUAGAAAUAGGCCUCCCUAUCCCACCUCCCUCAGUCAUGGUAUACAACAUCUCCAACAAUUUUCUAUCUAGGGAAGUUCCAACAUCCAUUUGUGAAGUGCACUCUCUUACCGUGCUCGAUUUGUCCUACAAUGUUCUGAAUGGCACACUUCCUCCUUGUUUGGGAAGUAUUGGUCCUUUGAAAUUAUUAAACCUCGCGAGAAAUAAAUUUGAUGGCAUUAUUCCUCGCGUUUACCCAGAUAGUUGUGCAUUGAGGAUGAUUGACCUAAGAGAAAACCAACUAAGUGAGAUUGUUCCAAGAUCUUUAGGAAAUUGCAGAAUGCUAGAGUAUUUGAAUCUUGGUGACAACCAAAUUAAUGAUACGUUUCCAUUUUGGCUAUCAGAAUUGGCCUACCUAAAAGUAAUUGGCUUGCAGUCCAAUAAUUUCCAUGGUCCCAUAGAAUCUCAUCUAAGCCAACUCAACUUCAUCAGUUUACACAUCCUAGAUAUUUCCAACAACAACUUCAAGGGUGAAUUUCCAUCCAAUUUGUUGAAGAGGUGCCACGCCAUGAAGGUCAUGGUUGGUCAAGAUAAGUUGGCAUAUUUGAAUAUCAAUGAAUUGUUGGGUAUGACUGAUUAUAGACUCUCCAUAAGUAUGACUUAUGUGAUACAAUUGAUGAACAAGGGCUCAAAAAGGGAUUAUGCGAAGAUUCCAGAUGUCCUCAUGGCAAUUGACCUCUCCAACAACAAGUUUGAAGGGUUCAUUCCCAAACUCAUUGGAGAUAUAAAAUUACUUCGCAUGCUCAACCUUUCAAACAACCUCUUCAUUGGUAGCAUCCCUCCUUCCUUGGCCAACUUGACAGUGCUCGAAUCACUGGAUCUUUCCUGGAACAAUCUUGUGGGAGAGAUUCCUCAACAACUAGCCUACCUCACAUUUCUUUCGGUUUUCGAUGUCUCUCACAAUCGUCUAUCAGGACCAAUACCAUGUGGAACGCAAUUUGAUAUGUUCGGGAGUAGUUCAUUUGCAAUAAAUGAUGGUUUGUGUGGAAGUUCCUUGCCAAAUAAAUGCACAAAUGGUGAGAAUGCUCCACCACCACCAUCAUAUUUCAAAGUGGAUAAUGAAAAAGAGUGUCCAUUCGACUUGGAUUGGAGAAUUGUGCUGGUUGGCAUUGGAGUCGGGUUUUUAGUCGGCAUUGUGCUAGAGAACUUGAUCAUUGAUGAGAAGAGUAUGUGGUUCUUGCACUGCUCCAAGAAAAUGGCAAAAGGAUGGAAAAAGGUGAGGAAAGCUCUAGCAGACAAGAAAACAUGCAACUAG